UUCAAAAUGGCGGCCGCGGCUAUGGAGACGUGGUGGGCCUUGCUGCUGUUGUCAUUGUUGCCUGCGGUCCGGCCCUUCUAUGUUCCCGGAGUCGCUCCUCGGGACUUCCAUGAUGGUGACACAGUAGAUAUUAAGGCAGUGAAGCUGACCAGCUCCCGUACCCAGCUUCCUUAUGAAUACUACUCCCUGCCUUUCUGUAAGCCAGAAUCUGUUUUCUACAAGGGGGAGAACCUUGGGGAGGUGUUACGCGGGGACCGUAUCGUAAAUACCCGCUACAAUGUUGCGAUGAACAAGGACAAGAAAUGUGAGAUGGUGUGCAACAAGAAAAAACUCAGCAUAGAGGAAAGCAAGCUGGUUGCUGAGCGAAUCCAGGAGGAGUAUUAUGUUCACCUUAUUGCAGACAACCUGCCUGUUGCCACCAGGUUAGAGUUUUACCCCAACAGAGAGAUAGGAGGGGAGGAGGAGCCGAAGAAGGACGUGGUGAAAGACAUCCAGUUUGAACAUGGCUACAGACUGGGUUUUGUCGACAGCAGCAAGUUUUAUCUGCACAACCACCUGUCCUUCAUCCUGUACUUCCACAAGGAGAAGCUGGAGCAAGGGGAUGUUCACAACUACAGGGUGGUGCGAUUUGAGGUCAUACCCCAAAGUGUAAAAGUAGAUGAUCUGAAGCCUGUGGAAAGUGACAAGACUUGCACCUUGCCUGAGGCCAGUGGCUCGGCCCCCCAGGAGAUUGACCCGACCAAGGAGAAUGAAGUCCUCUUCACCUACUCUGUCCACUGGAAGGAGAGUGAGGUGAAGUGGGCGUCUCGAUGGGAUACGUACCUGACCAUGAGCGAUGUCCAGAUUCAUUGGUUCUCCAUUGUCAACUCUGUGGUGGUUGUCUUCUUCCUGUCUGGUAUUCUGAGUAUGAUCAUUAUCAGGACCUUGAGGAAGGACAUUGCUAACUACAACAGAGAGGAUGACAUAGAGGACACCAUGGAGGAGUCAGGAUGGAAGAAUGUCCAUGGUGAUGUCUUCAGGCCACCUCAGUAUCCCAUGAUCCUCAGCUCUCUCCUGGGCUCAGGGAUCCAGCUCUUUUGCAUGGUGCUCAUUGUCAUCUUUGUUGCAAUGUUGGGCAUGUUGUCUCCAUCCAGUAGAGGAGCCUUGAUGACCACUGCUUGCUUCCUCUUCAUGUUCAUGGGUGUAUUUGGUGGCUACUUUGCUGGCAGACUGUACCGCACACUGAAGGGCCAUCGGUGGAAAAAAGGAGCAUUUUGUACAGCAACUUUGUAUCCUGCAGUGGUUUUUGGAAUCUGUUUCAUCCUCAACUGUUUCAUCUGGGGAGAACACUCCUCUGGGGCGGUUCCCUUCACCACAAUGCUGGCCCUGCUCUGUAUGUGGUUCGGUAUCUCCAUGCCUUUGGUCUACCUGGGCUACUACUUUGGCUUCCGCAAACAGCCGUAUGAUAACCCAGUGCGCACCAACCAGAUCCCCCGGCAGGUUCCAGAGCAGCGCUGGUACAUGAACAAGUUUGUAGGAAUCCUGAUGGCUGGGAUCCUGCCAUUCGGUGCCAUGUUCAUCGAGCUCUUCUUCAUUUUCAGUGCCAUCUGGGAGAAUCAGUUCUAUUACCUCUUUGGCUUCCUGUUUCUGGUCUUCAUCAUCUUGGUGGUCUCCUGCUCUCAGAUCAGCAUUGUAAUGGUUUAUUUCCAGCUGUGUGCAGAGGACUACCGAUGGUGGUGGAGAACUUUCCUGGUUUCAGGAGGCUCUGCGUUCUACGUCCUCAUUUAUGCCGUCUUCUACUUCGUCAACAAGCUGGACAUUGUGGAGUUCAUCCCCUCCCUCUUGUACUUUGGCUAUACGACCCUGAUGGUCCUGUCUUUCUGGCUGCUAACGGGCACGAUUGGCUUCUAUGCAGCCUACAUGUUCAUCAGGAAAAUCUACGCUGCGGUCAAGAUCGACUGAGUGUCACUGACGCUGCUGUUCUUGUUGGGGUUUUUUUUGUUGUUUGAUUUUGUCACAUUCUGUUUUUUUAAUGUAUAUAUUUUUUAUUCUUCAUGUCUUACAAGCACUGACUUGUGUGUCGAGGGAACCGAGAGGGGUGCUUUUUACGGCGCAACAGCCCCACCCACUGGCCUCAUGGGGAAGAACAGCAAGGUGGCAGAGCUAAACCAGCUGUUUCUCUCUUUCCCUCUCCCCCCUCGCUUCUACCCCCCUCCUCUUUCCAGGACAGAAACCCAGAGGAAUUGUCCUCUGAUGGACAGUUAAUGUCCUCUGCUGUUUCACCUUGCACACAACACAGUGGGCCAAAGCUUGUCAAAUGAUGGUUUCUGCACAUUCUUAUUUUGUCUUUUCAUUUGUGUUAUGAGUCUAACUUAUCCAGGUUUUUAUUUGUCAUCACAGGAUUUAUCUGAUUUCAUUUCUUUCAAUCGUCUUCUGGGAAGCUGUUUUCAUCUGAUUUCUGUCUUUACUCUUUCCAUUGUUUCUAUUUUCAGAUGUCUCUUUGGUUUUGUUUUGGAGACUUCGGAGGUCAGGGAAGGAUUGGGGAGUCUUAAUUGCGGUUAUGGUGUUGACUUUGUUGUGUUGGACUGAUAACGAUGGAAAUUAUGCUGGGAAGUUCUACAUUGUAACACAAGAAAGGAUAAAUUAAAUGUUCUGUUAUUUUUUACUCCCGUUUCCAUGUCCUGGUGUGCCCGUGUUAACCACAACUGUAUCGAAAUAUUAGCUUCUCCUUCCAAAACGAUGGGUCUCUUAUUAAUGUCAAAAUAUGGGUCCGUUUGCUGUAAAUGGCAGAACAGGUCUGAUUGGGGCUAUGAACCGAUGCCCUAAAGCAGUGGACUGUUGGCUGAAGUUACUGAAGCUGGAGGCAAGGAAAAGCUAUGGUCAAACACAGAAAAGACAAGGAGGAGUAACCCUUUGUAUUUGUAAGCCUACAACACAAAUCUGUGUUUGAAGCUAUUCAGUAGAAACUAUGAUAGAGUCAGUUUUUUUCCGCUCAUUAACCAUGCUGUCAGUGUAGCCUGAGCAGUGCUGGGCGCCUGCUGAACUAUGCAGUAAUGGAGACAAAGAGCAAAGCUGCUGUUUGUGAAGGUUAUUUCAAAGGACCAUUUUGCUGAGAAAUGAAGCCUCAUUUCUUCACGCUGGAAUCUAAUGUAUGAUACAUUUUUGUGUAUACUAUGAAAAAAUGCAGCGAGAUCACCGCUGUGUUUCUACCAGUCGUGGUAGAUAUUUGGACAGUGCUUGGGUGUCAUGGCGGAGUCUUGAAAUGUAAUCCAGUGUUCUCAUUAGAUAUGUACGGUCAAUGUUUUGUGUAGACACAUUCUCUGGAAUUACAGCUUGUUUUUUCCCUUCUUUUCAAAGGACAUUUGGGGGCUUACAAAAAUGUGGUUAUAUUUUCCUGUGUUUCAUUUUUUGGCUAAAAACUUGAGAAAUACAUUUCAAACACUGGUGGAACCUGAUCAAAAAUUUUGCUUGACAAGAAACUCAAGCUAAGGGCUUCCCAGACAACCGAUGUAUUUUACUGUAGCUAAAUUAGAAUCAGAUUGCAUCAUGAUCGUGGCAUUAGAGGAAUAGUUUGACAUUUUGUGAAAUACACUUCUUGCAGAGAGUGAGAUGAGAAGAUUGAUGCCACUCAUAACUUUCUAUUGAUUAUGAAACCACAACCAGCAGCUGGCUAACUUAGCAAGUGUAGUAACAGUAAGUAACAGAAACUAGGCAGGCUGCAAGCUGCUUUCUACUGACGUCUUGUUGCUAAGCUAACCAGCUGCAGGAGUAGCUUCAUAUAUAGCGUACAUCUAACGGUGAAAGAAAGCAAAUGAAGCACAUUUCCCAAAAUGACAAACUGUCCCUUUAAAGGCAACAUAGGCAGAUCAAUAUGUAUCUGAGGCACAGAGCAGUUAUCAUUCUCUGGUGUCCGAUGACAGAUAACAAGUCCAGCAGAACACUGGUGCAUAAUUACAAUAUCGUUUAGUGGGUGUCAGGAGAAUAUCCCUAAGACUGAAAUCCAACAAGUAGCACAGACCUGAAAAGAUCACAAUCUCCUAAACAAAACCUCUUAGGUGAAAGGAAACCCGGACAGCAUGCGCUGCACCCUCUGAGCCCUUCAGGUAAAUAUUUAUUGGAGUUGUAUUUAACUAAUUGUAGUGAAGAACUGAAGUACUUCACUGGAUUGGUUUUUAGUGGUUGGCGUUUUUGCACAGGAGUAAAGGUGAUUUUCAGUGCGGGGCUGUACAGAGGAGGGACAGGUACCGAGAUCAACCCCGAUUCUCCAGGGGCAAAGCAGUAGAUGAAUGAAUGGCUCGUCCCCCUGUGCCCCCGCCUUCCUUCAUUAUAAUCAAGCCAAACCAGCCCUUGUUAAGAUAUGACCGAGCUGCUAGAAGAAAGUGAGA